AUAUUUCACGGCGUCCUUCUGACACAAGAUCACACAGUAUUGCUUGCCUCGAACACGACGCAUCGUUUCACAAAUCUUCGUGUGUUUUUCUUAAUUCGAGUUCACGUCGUCAAUUUUUGUCUCUCAAAGUCGAGCUUCUACGUCGACAAUGAAAUCUCUUGUCAUAAUCUUUGCGUGUGUCAUUGCUGUUGUUCAUUGCGCUAGUCUUGGCACCGAUGACGAAUGGUCCGCAUACAAAGCCAAAUAUAGCAAGAAGUAUGGUCGUGAUGAGGAAAGUUAUCGUAAAGAGAUCUGGAGGGCCAAUUUAAAGAAAGUCGAGGAACACAACAAUGGCCAACACAGCUAUACCCUGGCCAUGAAUCAUUUGGGUGAUCUCACGGCGGUUGAAUUUCGGGCAUUGAUGCUGGGCACUAUCUAUCGACCGGAAAGAAGAGAUAACGGAACAACGUACCUUCCUCCCAGUGUCGACGCUGAGCUCCCAACCGAAGUUGAUUGGCGCAAAAAAGGCUACGUCACUCCAGUUAAAAAUCAAAAACAAUGUGGUUCGUGCUGGGCGUUCAGCACCACCGGUUCACUUGAAGGACAACAUUUUAAGAAAACUGGCAAACUUGUCUCGCUCAGCGAGCAAAAUCUUGUCGACUGCUCUGGAAAGUUUGGAAACAAUGGCUGCGAAGGUGGUUUGAUGGACGAUGCUUUCGACUACAUCAAGGCCAAUGGUGGUAUUGACACCGAAGCCAGUUACCCGUACAAAGCCAAGGACGGAAGAUGCAAGUAUCGUGCUUCUGAAAGUGGUGCAACUUGCAGUGGUCACACUGAUAUCGAAAAAGGAUCAGAGUCCGAGCUUCAAGAUGCAACGGCAAAUGUUGGUCCUAUUUCAGUUGCGAUUGACGCCAGUCAUUCGAGUUUCCAACUCUAUCAUAAGGGUGUUUAUGACGAACCAAAUUGUAGCAGCACCCAGCUCGACCAUGGUGUUUUGGUGGUGGGUUAUGGUACUCUGAAUGGUGAAGAUUACUGGCUGGUCAAAAACAGCUGGGGUGCAUCUUGGGGUUUGGAAGGAUACAUCAUGAUGUCUAGGAACAAAAACAACCAAUGUGGGAUAGCGACAGCCGCAAGUUAUCCGUUGGUCUAAAUAUGAACCCAAAAAACCAUUCGCAAGGACAAAAAUCAUUAUUAGGCAGAAUAAUAAUUCAGAUGUUUUUCGUAACUGGUAUAAAAAUUGUAAGUUUACUCCACCACGAUUGAAACAAAUUGGGUUGGGUAUAGUGUUAUGUUGUAAUGUAAAAUUAUUUUUAAUAAA